AGGUCGUACACGUUGAUCGUGGAAGCCUUGGACUUCAAUAAUGACACAUCCACAAGCAACGGCGGCGGAGGCGAGGUGAUCGAGCGGGCGGUGCAGUCCGGCAUGAUCAACCCCAACCGCCAGUGGCAGAGCCUGAAGCACAACGGGCCCGUGGGCCAGUUCGAGUACCAGAUCCGGGUCACCUGCGACGACCACUACUACGGCUUCGGCUGCAACAAGUUCUGCCGCCCGCGCGACGAGUUCUUCGGCCACUACACCUGCGACCACAACGGCAACAAGACCUGCCUGGAGGGCUGGUCAGGCCCGGACUGCAACACCGCUAUCUGCCGACAAGGCUGCAGUACGGAGCAUGGGACCUGCAAAGUGCCUGGAGAGUGCAAGUGUCAGUACGGUUGGCAGGGCGAGUACUGUGAUAAGUGUAUCCCUCACCCGGGCUGUGUGCACGGCACCUGCGUCGAGCCCUGGCAGUGUCUCUGUGACACCAACUGGGGAGGCCAGCUCUGUGACAAAGAUCUGAACUACUGUGGCACCCGGCAGCCAUGUUUGAACGGAGGCACGUGCAGCAACACGGGACCAGACAAGUACCAGUGCGCCUGUCCAGAGGGCUACUCAGGGGUCAACUGUGAGAGAGCGGAGCAUGCUUGUCUGUCGGAGCCCUGCUUUAAUGGCGGCAGGUGUGCGGAGACCAACCAGGGCUUUGAGUGCCAGUGCUCUGCUGGCUGGACCGGGCCCUCCUGCUCCAUCAAUGUGGACGACUGCAGCCCCAACCCCUGCAGCCACGGGGGCACCUGCGAGGACCUGGUCAACAGCUUCAAGUGCAACUGCCCCUCGCAGUGGACCGGCAAGACCUGCCUCAUCGAUGCCAACGAGUGUGAGGGCGACCCAUGUGUGAAUGCCAACUCCUGCCGCAAUCUGAUUGGGGGAUACUACUGCGAGUGCCUCCCUGGUUGGACCGGACUGAACUGUGACAUCAAUGUAAAUGACUGCCACGGACAGUGUCUGAAUGGUGGCACCUGUAAGGACCUGGUGAAUGAGUACCGGUGUGUGUGCCCCCCGGGCUACACAGGCGAGCACUGUGAUAAGGAUGUGAACGAGUGCGCCAGCGCCCCCUGUCUGAAUGGAGGGAGCUGCCAUGACGAGGUCAACGGCUUCCAGUGCCUCUGCCUGAAGGGCUUCUCGGGAAACUUGUGCCAGCUGGACAUUGACUACUGCGAGCCCAGUCCGUGCAAGAAUGGCGCCCAGUGCUUUAACCUGGCCAACGACUACUUCUGUAAAUGCCCCGAGGACUACGAGGGCAAGAACUGCUCCCACCUGAAGGACCACUGCCGGACCACCCCCUGCCAAGUGAUUGACAGCUGCACUGUUGCCGUGGCGUCCAACAGCACCCCGGGCGGCAUGCGCUACAUCUCGUCGAACGUGUGCGGCCCUCACGGCAGCUGCCGGAGCCACGCCGGCGGUCACUUCAGCUGUGCCUGUCACGUUGGAUUCACCGGCACCUACUGCCACGAGAACAUCAAUGACUGUGAGAGCAACCCGUGCCGUAAUGGGGGCACGUGCAUAGAUAAAGUCAAGGACUACCAGUGCAUAUGCGCGUAUGGCUGGGAAGGACAAAACUGCGAGACCAACAUCGACGACUGCAGCACCAACCCCUGCAGGGACCGCGGCACUUGCCGCGACCUCGUCAACGACUUCCUGUGCGAAUGCCACAGCGGCUGGAAGGGGAAGACCUGUCACUCACGUGAGAGCCAGUGUGACGAAGCCACGUGCAACAAUGGUGGAACAUGCUACGACGAGGGAGACACCUUUAAGUGCACCUGUCCUCCAGGCUGGGAAGGAACCACCUGCAAUAUCGCCAAAAACAGCAGCUGCCUGCCCAGUCCUUGUGAGAACGGAGCCACCUGCGUUGUCAGCGGCGACUCGUUCACCUGCGUCUGCAAGGAAGGCUGGGAAGGCCUCACCUGCACUCAGAACUCCAAUGACUGCAACCCACAUCCCUGCUACAACAGUGGAACAUGUGUCGACGGAGACAACUGGUACCGCUGCGAGUGUGCUCCAGGUUUUGCCGGACCGGACUGCCGAAUAAACAUUAACGAGUGCCAGUCUUCACCCUGUGCGUUUGGAGCCACCUGUGUGGACGAGAUCAAUGGCUAUCGCUGUCUGUGCCCACCUGGCAGAACGGGUCCCAAGUGUCAAGAAGUGACGGGUCGGCCGUGCAUCACCAGCACACGAGUGGCAGCUGACGCCACCAAGUGGAUGGAGGACUGCAACACCUGCCAGUGCCACAACGGCAAGAUCACCUGCACCAAGAUGUACUGCGGGCCCAGAGCCUGCCGCGUCCACGCCAAAGGGCGGUCGGAGUGCCCGGUCGGACAGACCUGCGAGCCCGUGAAGGCCGAGCGCUGUUUCGUGAAGCCGUGCGCCAGCCAGGGCGAGUGCUGGUCGUCGUCCCACCGGGGCCAGCUGCGCGCAAAGUGCCAGCCGGAGGGCAACUGUGCCAACGUGACCUUCACCUUCAACAAGGACACCAUGCCCAAGGGCGUGACGGUUGAGCACAUCUGCAACGAACUGAGGAGUUUGUACGUGGUGAGGAACCUCUCGUCGGAGUACCCAAUCGCUAUGAGCUGCGAACCGUCGCCCACUGCCAACAACGAGAUCCACGUGGCCAUUUCGACAGAAGACCCGAGGAGCAGCCAUGGCCCGAUCAAGGAGAUCACGGACAAGAUAAUUGACCUGGUGAGCAAGCGGAACGGCAACAGCACCAUCAUCACGGCCAUCGCAGAGGUCCGUGUACAACGGCGACAGGCCCACAGCCCCACCGCAGACUACCUGGUGCCACUGCUGGUUUCCGUGGUGAUCGUGAUCUGGGUCCUGGUGCUGGCGUCGGCGUUCCUGUGGUGCGUCCGGCGGCGGCGCAAGCAGAGCAGCCACGGCGGCAGCUCGCCCGCCAACCCGGUGUCGUCGUCGGGCUCGGGCUCGUCGGCGUCGUCCUCGCUGGCCACGUCCGAGGAGAACAACGCCGUCAACAACGCCCGCGAGCAGCUGCACCAGAUCCGCAACCCCAUCGAGAAGAACGCCAACGCCAACGCCCUGGCCAUCGCCGUGGCCGCCGCCACCGCCGCCGCCGACCUCCCGCACGCCGGCGACAAGAACGCCGUUGCCAAGAACGCCCACAAAGUCCGGACAGCAGCGGCGGCGGCGGCGGCGCUCAGCAAGCCCGAGGCGGCGGGCGAGCUGUCGGAGGACGAGGAGCCGGCGAGCGGCGGCGGCAGCGACAAGCGUCUGCAGAAGGCGCGGUUCCCGCUGCAGCCCGCGUACACGCUGGUGGACCGCGACGAGAAGAGCGCCAACGGCUCGGCCACCAACGCGGCCGCCGCUGCGGCCGCCGCCGCCGCCAACAAACACGCCCACUGGACUAGCAAGCGAGACAACAGAGAUCUGGAGUCCCAGCAGAGCUUAAACCGUAUGGAGUACAUCGUAUAGCCACCCCUCCCUCCCCGCACCCCCCCACCAACCCCACCACCACCAAACCCCACCCUCCGCACCUUCCGCACCUGGUUAAAGCGUAACGACAGGUGGAAAACAAGGCACAACCACAACGGAGAAUGAGUCGGUUGUUAGCAGGAACUAAGAGGGAGAAGGCCUCCCUGGUAUCAGCUCAGGCUCAGAGAGAGCCUCGGAUGGUUCCCGUCAGUUCCUGUUGGUUCCUGUUGGUUCCUUAGAGACCAAGGUGUCGCAUUCAUGAGAGUAGAGAUGAUCAUUUUUACGAGCUGAAAAAUGACAGCGAAACAAAGAAAACAAACUAUUCAACGAACAAACAAGCAAACUCAAUCAACUAAACAAAACAAAGAAAACGAACAAACAAAGUAAAAAAAAAAAAAAAGAAUACGUUUGUUGUAAUUUAUAUCCAGACAAGCCAGCUCACCCUGGCAAACAAAAAGAAGACAAA